AUGUGUAAAAUGAUUUUCCCUUUGUGCACAGGUUUCCCCGGGCCCAAAGGGCUAAAAGGCCAGAUUGGCAUCUGCUUCACGACCGGUCCCAAAGGUGCUGUCGGAGACGUCGGGCCGAAAGGGCUUCCGGGACCCAGCGGCCCUCGAGGCUACAAGGGCGACCAAGGAGCGUCCGGCCAAGACGGCUUUCUGCCUAUUCACGGCCGCCCCGGCGCCAAGGGCGACCGAGGCCAACCGGGUCGGUCGGGCCCGCCUGGACGCAAGGGUUGGCAGGGACAAUCGGGCGAACCCGGCGCCUCGGGCUUGCCGGGGCCGAUGGGCGAUCCGGGCCUGGCCGGUCAAGCAGGUAAGCUGGAGAACCGUAGAAUAGAAUGGAAUAGAAUAGAAUAG